ACGCCUCCAGGGAUUGUGAGUGAUUCUGCGGGAUUCCUUUACAAGCUAGAAGCGUGGGAAAGAUUUUCCCAUACUUUUAUAGUUUUAUCGUUUCAACUAAAAUUUGCAUACCAAAUUUUGGCCGUGUUUCCCCUGCGAAUUGAAAUGGCGAGGAACAAUGGAAAGCUCGCAUCGUCAAAACUGGUCUUUCUCUUGUCCUGCGCAGGGCUUCUUGGAGCAGCUCUAAUCGCAGAUUUCCUCUGGGCUUCUUCUUUUCUAUCGUCUGCAUAUUCGUCCAUUGCCUCCAAUUGGGUACUUGAGAAAUCUGAGACUGUAGUCGUCCCCAACAUAAAAAAAGUCAAUGCUUUUAAGAGCAAGAUUAUAACGCAUGAUCCAAGAAUCUUGUCAGGAACUUUUGCGGAUUUACCUGGACCUGAGCUAAAAUGGGAGAAGAUGGAACCGGCACCAGUACCUCGUUUAGAUGGGGCAGCAAUUCAGAUAAAAAACCUUCUCUAUGUGUUUGCUGGAUACGGUACCAUUGACUAUGUGCAUUCACAUGUUGAUAUCUACAACUUCACGGACAAUACAUGGGGUGGAAGGUUUGAUAUGCCAAAAGAAAUGGCACAUUCACAUUUAGGAACAGUGACAGAUGGGAGAUACAUCUAUGUGGUGUCAGGGCAAUAUGGUCCACAGUGCAGAGGGCCCACAUCACGUACCUUUGUGCUGGACACAGAAACGAAACAAUGGCGGGACAUGCCCCCAUUACCCGUCCCUAGGUAUUCCCCAGCAACUCAGCUUUGGAAGGGCAGACUUCAUGUAAUGGGUGGCAGCAAGGAGGAUCGUCAUGAACCUGCAGUAGACCAUUGGAGCAUUGCAGUUAAAGAUGGCAAAGUAUUAGAGAAAGAAUGGCAGAAUGAAAUACCCAUUCCUCGUGGGGGACCUCACAGGGCUUGUAUUGUGGUUGACGAUCGGCUGAUGGUUAUUGGUGGUCAAGAGGGUGAUUUUAUGGCCAAACCUGGAUCACCUAUUUUCAAAUGCUCUCGAAGGCAUGAGGUUGUAUACGCUGAUGUUUAUAUGCUGGAUGAUGAGAUGAAGUGGAAAACAUUGCCUCCGAUGCCAAAGCCUAAUUCCCAUAUAGAGAGUUCGUGGAUUCUUGUGAACAAUUCUAUUUUCAUUGUGGGAGGGACAACAGAAAAGAACCCUGUGACAAAAAGAAUGAUCCUUGUUGGAGAAGUUUUCCGGUUCAAUUUAGAUACAAUGAAAUGGUCAGUUUACGGGAAGAUGCCUUAUCGGGUAAAAACCACUCUGGUGGGUUUCUGGCGUGGUUGGUUAUACUUCACGUCUGGACAACGAGACAGAGGACCAGAUAAUCCACAGCCAAGGAAAGUUGUCGGAGAAAUGUUUAGAACCAAGUUGCACCUGUGAUUUCCACCCCCCCCCCCCCCCAGUCAACAAUUCUAAUUAUAACAAGAGGUUUGAUUUAUUCCUUUCUAUUUUUUGUCCUAGUCAAGUGAGUGCUUGACUGAUUGUAGUAUAUGUGGGUUAUAGAGGAAUCUCACCUUUCCUGUUUUUUCUUAGU